CAAGACGCAUUGGUACCGCACCGUUUCUGGAAUUCACAUUUUAGAAAGUUUUGUUCAAAUAAGCUUAAAGCAGUGCUCUUUUAGACAUUUUAUAUAAUAUUUUAGUCACAGCUUAUAAACAGCAAUUGGUGUAAAAGAUGAUCCAAACUUCGGAUAGGAAAAAAAUGUUCAUAUUGUUUAUUUCUAUUUUGGUUCUCAAUUGGUCAUUUACAUUUGCUUUAAAAAUAGAAGAAUGUUGGACUAAAAAAGACAUUUUCUUCACGUAUGCAAAUAUUCAAGUUGGAAUUGCGCAAGGAUAUAUUGAUGCUCAACUUGAAACUGAUAUAAACAAUGACGUUAUAUUAGUAAAAAAUAUAACAUUUAACGGAUAUGUUCAUUACCAAAAUCAACCUGCUUCUGAUAUUGACGUAAAAUUCAGUAGUAUAAAAGCAAUCAAAGUACAACGUAUUGUUGAAUAUCAUAAUCAUAGUUACACAGAUAUAGUAAGACGUUAUUGCAAUUUAGGAAUCGUUUAUAACGACGACAUAAGAUUAGGUGUACGUCGGCCUUUAGAAAGCAAAAUUUUUUUACAUGCCGAAGAUUGUUUCCAAGAAUUAUUAUGUAAUUUCGAUCCAAACAGUCACGUGCUUGGAGAUAAAAUAAUCGUAAGAUCCAUAAAUAGACAAAAAUCGAACAGUACCACAUCUCAGGACACAAUAAAUGCGAUUGCAGAUCUACUCAUUAACAAGCUUUUAAAGGGACUUGAAAAAGCUAACAAAACUCUCAUAAAAAUACCAGAAUUUGAUGUUUCUUUCCUUGGUAUUCGUUUUUCUUCGAAGGGAGGUUUAGCUGACAUCAUUAAAUAUAUCAAGCGGACAGAAGAUCUCUAUUUUUAUAAUGAAGGGCAUAGCUAUAUCGUUAGAACUACAGCUACUACAACAGCAGGCUUUGUUCAAUUAAAAGACGUGAAAUUUUCUAUCAUUGGUAUUACUGCGAUUUCGGGAGAAUUGCCUAUCAAUAUGACUGAAGCACAACUAAGCAUAAAAACCACCAUCAACUAUAAUGCAAAACCUUGCAAGAUAACUGUGAAUCAAAUUGAGAUGUCUGUACCGUUGGAAGCUGCUGAUUUUUCAAAAUUGAAAGCAACGUUUUUCAACACUGUUGAAUCUGUACUAUCUAAAAUAGGCGGGAAAGCAGCACUGUUGCGUUUUCUUGGUCGCAGGGUAUCGUCGCUGUUACAAGAAUUUAUUGAAAGUUUGCCAUGCAAUCGGUACGAAAAUGCUUUAUUUAAGCUAAAAAACGAAUAUUAUUAGAUUUUGUUGAUAGUCUUAUAAUACAAUUAAUUGUAUCAAUAUAAUCAAUGAAAAGACCAAUAUCACACACACACACACGCACACACACACACACAUAUAUAUAUAACUUAUAAAUGUUUUUCUUUCAUUUUUAUGAUUUUAAUCCUCCUGUUAUAUCUUCACUUCCCUUCUAUUUCUUUUAAUUUCAAUUAAAAAAUUCAAUCAACUUA